GACCCGCCCCCUUUGUGUUGUUUAUUAUCGCGAGAUCAGAUCACGGGAUUUGUGAAGGCCGGGGAUCUCAUUCAUCCUUCCGAGGCUAGAAAAUGACUACUCCGGACGUACGGCUCAACCAUACAAUCUACAUCAACAAUUUGAAUGAGAAAAUCAAGAAAGAUGAGUUGAAAAAGUCGUUGUACGCCAUCUUCUCACAGUUUGGACAGAUUUUGGACAUCUUGGUUGCACGAAACAUAAAGAUGAAGGGGCAGGCCUUUGUCAUUUUCAAAGAGAUUAACAGCGCUUCCAAUGCUCUGAGAUCCAUGCAGGGAUUUCCUUUCUACGACAAACCCAUGCGUAUCCAGUAUGCCAAGCUGGAUUCUGACAUCAUAGCUAAAAUGAAGGGGACUUAUGUGGAGCGUGACCGUAAAAAGGAGAAGAAGAAGAUCAAAGGAGCUGAUGCAGGUGGAGCUAAGAAGGGUGUCCCUGGAGCUGGUGGACCCAUGGUUGCUGGGGUACCGACUGCAAUGCCUGGAAUGCCGCCCAUGAGCCAGGCUCCCCGUAUGAUGCACAUGCCAGGCCAGCCGCCUUAUAUGCCCCCUCCUGGCAUGAUGCCUCCUCCGGGGAUGGGGCCUGGUCAGAUGCCCCCUGGUGCCAUGCCUCCUGGCCAGAUGAUGCCCGGACAGAUGCCUGGACAAAUGCCCCAGCAGGUUGCGGAAAACCCUCCCAAUCACAUCCUCUUCCUCACCAACCUGCCAGAGGAGACAAACGAACUCAUGCUCUCCAUGCUCUUCAACCAGUUCCCCGGGUUCAAAGAGGUGCGUCUGGUCCCUGGUCGCCACGACAUCGCCUUUGUGGAGUUUGAGAACGACGUGCAGGCCGGCGCUGCACGAGACGCACUUCAAGGCUUUAAGAUUACACAAGCGAACGCCAUGAAGAUCUCAUUCGCUAAGAAAUAAAACCUCCAGACUGGUCUUUUUC